ACAUCCCCAAAAGGUAACGGUCCCACAAGCACCCAGACUUAUUGGGGAUCCUAGGGGUUUCCGUGAGCGGCAGGCUGUGGACUUGAACUAGACAAUAACCCGAUGUUUUGGCCCACCACAAGUGGCUUUAAGACGUUGUGGACGGUUUGUUAUAGGUAUUUUAAACGAUCCAUUGCUUCUUGACUUUGAAUUUGUACCUCCUCCUGUACUUGAUUACUAGCCUACAAAGCUGACGACAGAAUAUUGCUGUAAUGUCGAUCGACGCUGAACAUCAGAACCCAACCCAAGCCACCCCAACUGCCGCUAACUCAGACCCGAAGGGUAAAGGCAAGGAGAAGGAAGUCGAUCAUUCUGCUCAUGACGACAUGUCCGACUCUGAAGAAUCUGGGGGUGAUGCAUGGGCCGAAUACCCUUUCGAACGAUUCCCUUCGCCACCAGGCGACAAACCUCGCAAUGCACGCGUCCCAAAUCCUACUGCUUCCCUCGAUCCGCCUCUCAUGGAGUUCAACUACCCUCCUCCACCUCCUCUCGCCAACGAUCCUACGUGGUUUGCACAGAUGGUCGCCGACGUUCAUCGCAGCCGCACUCAUGUCAACACUGAACUUGGGUAUGCACGAACCGAGGCCGCUGAAGCUCUGGCCGAUGCAACUCUCGCAGAGGCCGAACUCAAGGCCGAGAGGGAUAGAAUGCAGAAUUUCUUGAACCGCCUGGGAUCUGUCGCUGGGAAGAACUUUGUGCGCAAGAUGAUCAGGAAAGUCGAGCGGUCGGUGAAGACUCACGAUGACAACCUGGACGACGAAGAUGAAGAGGAACUACAAGACGUAGAUUAUGAAGAUUCGAACGGCAGCAGCGAGGGUGAAGUGGAUCAUCAAGAUGCGGAAGAGGAGGAUCUUGGCGGCGGUGCCGGUGAGAGUGAGAAGGGCCCGCAAGAUGCAGAAGAUGAAAAAUAUGGUCGUGACGGUGAUGAUGGUUCUCGGUACGUACCUGACUUAAAUUUGCACCAAGUGUUAGUGUCUGACCUGCAGUUUUUAGCGAAAGGUCUGAGUCUCCACCCGCGAGCUGCAGCCCAAACUACCCUCAACAGUACCUCCACGAGCCUUUCAGCGAUGGUAAAGCCAACUUUCGGUACGUGACUAGAUUCAACUUGCGUGAAUUGUUAAAUUCUGAUUGUGUUGUUUAGGGAAAAUUCUGCGCCUCUGCCCGUAGAUGAGAGUCCUAAUUCCUCUCCACAAGGGAUUUCGCACCAGCCAUGUAGCCCCGACUGGCGUCGGGGAGAUGUUUCAGACGAUGAGUAUUCCAGCGGCGAGGAUGACACAUCUCGGAAAUGGACUGAACUUACACCCGCACAUAAGAGCCGCAAACGACAACUUCAGGUCGAAGAAGAGGAGACCAACAACCCUGAGGACUCACCUCGGAAAAAAAUCAAGGAAACCCCUCCGUCACCGCAUCAAAAAGUCGCCAAAUUUUUUCCAAUUCCCACACGAUGCUUCUAUCCCCCAG